GGAGACAAUUUCAACAGUACUCAACAUGUCUGUGGUUGUCUGUAGCAGGACAUUGUUCAUUGGUGGAUCUUUUGGAAUUAUAACUGUGGCUCUUUGGGGUGCUUGUAUUUGGCAGCUAUUAGUCAGGUUUAAGCCAGACUCGUCCUUUACUCCCACUUCCCCCUCUCCUUUUCCGACCCCGACCCCAACCCCGACCCCGACCCCCUGCCCCUGUUUGAAUAAUGGAACGUGCCAGAAUGGGGUCUGCAUUUGUCCAAAUGAGUGGUAUGGAGAUCUGUGCCAGAAAGCAUACUUCUGUGAGAGCAGCACGUACAACUCCACCACCACUGUGCUCCUCAGCUUCAACAGGAUCCUAAUUGGCUUUUCUGGCUACUCCAAUGAGAAGUGUGAGCAAGAAACUGCCAAUGUUGGUAUUCCUAAGGCAGCACGAAGCUGUUCAGAAAAUGGGACUGGAGACCCUGUUUUGAGUUUACCAAAUUAUGUGAACUGCAACCAGAACCUGAUAAAUCUUGCAGAGCAGAUCACGGACAAUGUGACAGAAGAAAGGCUACUGGAGAUCGCAAAAGAGUCUCAGAUUCUGACCUCACAGCCAGAAAAACUGACAGCUGAUAACAUCACCAGCGCUGCUGAGAUAGUUAGCAAGAUCCUCACUACAACAGCUAACGUCACUGAGCAAGCCGCAGUUGUAGCAGUAACUACUGUCAGUCAACUACUGGAUGCGAGGGAUGCUGAGUUCAGCACGGACAACAACAUAAAUAACGUUACACAAAGUCUGACAAAGAGCCUGGAGGCGCUCUCCCUGGAUAAAGGCAGUAAUGAAACGCAGGUGGUUCAGCCAAACCUGGCAGUGCAGUCCGUCAGAGUGGAUUCUGGGUCGACUAAGGGAGUUCAGUUCACCGCUACCAGAGGCAGGUUUGAUCAUUUACACCUCUCCAAUCCAGUUGUACUGGUCUUGACCCUUGCAGCUUUGAGCAGUGUGAAACCAUAGCUUGUGUCCAGGCUGAAGUCAGAUAUCCUGUCCUUUGCAACCUAGUCAGCUAAACUAUUGAUUAUGUUUGAUUGGAAUUCCCCAUUGUCAUCUUCAGUGGCUAGACUUCUUAGUGGGAAUAAAAUAAAAAUGAUGAUCUGUGCAUUAUGGCUUUUUUUACCUGCACAACUAUGAAUUAUUGGUUAUUAAAAAAAAAAAAAAUUCUGUCAUCUCUAAUGUUAACAAAGCAGAUGGGAACUUGAGAAAGCUCUUUCACCAAAUGAUUUGUGUGUGGUGGUAUAGUAUAUUGAGAAUGUCGAGGUUUUCCUUGAAGCAGGCUGUGAAGCCACCGGCAAUGUAUAUAGUCUUACUCUUUUGUUUAAAGUUGGUAUUUCUGUAUGAAAUGAUUUAGGUUAAAAAAACAAACGUUGAAACUGUCUGUCUUGUUUGGAGUUUCUAAGUUCCACUCCAUCUAACAGGCUCUAACAAUACGUUGGUCUCCAGACACAUAACCCUAAACCGCAACGCUUCCCAGCUGACAGUCGAAGA